AUGGUCAAGGCUGUUAGUGUCAUCCGCGGCGACUCCAAGGUCAGCGGCACCGUUGUCUUCGAGCAGGAGUCCGAGUCUGCUCCCACCACCAUCACCUGGGACAUCUCCGGCCAGGACGCCAACGCCAAACGCGGCUUCCACAUCCACACCUUUGGUGACAACACCAACGGCUGCACCUCUGCUGGCCCUCACUUCAACCCCCACGGCAAGACUCACGGUGCCCCCUCCGACGAGGCCCGCCACGUUGGUGAUCUCGGCAACAUUGAGACCGAUGCUCAGGGUAACUCCAAGGGCUCUGUCACUGACAGCCUCGUCAAGCUGAUUGGUCCCCACUCCAUCAUUGGCCGCACCGUCGUUGUCCACGCCGGCACUGACGAUCUUGGCAAGGGUGACAACGAGGAGUCCCUCAAGACCGGUAACGCUGGUCCCCGCCCUGCUUGCGGUGUCAUUGGUAUCUCCAACUAA